UCGGCAGAUGCCCAAUUCUUCAAUUUGUACCUUCGAGGUUUGGAGGAGAUUGGAGCGAGGCCAAUCCCUCCCUGGGCUUUCCGCGCUUCUUCCACUCUCUUCCGCCGCCGUUGGUCGUCCGACGUUCAAUCCGCUUCCCUCAUCCACUCGUACUGGCUAUCCGUCGGCAGCCCGUCCCCAUUCUUCGUUCCACAAACAGGUGACUUCCUCGCCCAAAACUUUCCCUUCUUCUUGCACCAAGCUAGGGCAAAUAUUAAAGAAGAAGAAGAAGAAGAAGAAGAAGAAGAAGAAGAAGAAGAAGAAACCCAUGGUUUGGAUCCUCUUUCCCUUCUUCUGACAAGAGCUACGGGCAGAUACAGGAAGAAAAAAUAUGAAGAAGAAACCCAUGGUUUGGAUCCGCCGUUGAUGUCUCCAUUCCAUUGGUUUGGUUGAGCGACCGCUCGUUCUUUUAGGUCAGGUUGCGAUGCCCCUUGUCUGGAAGGAUCUGUAUUGCGUGCUUUUAAAACUGUCUCCGGAUGCGUCGUGUCUGCAGGGAGGGCUCGGAGACGCCACCUCCCUGUUCGUCUCCAACCGAUGGCUCCAAACUCGCAUCGAGUUUGCCGAUAUCGUUAGUCUUUCCGAUUUGCUCUUCAAAGAACUGCAGGAACAGUUUGAACAACUACUCCCCGCCGCAGACAUCGCUCCUCGUGCGGUGGCUGUGGAGAAAAAAAUUGGCUGCGAAUCCUCUCCGCAAGGAUUUCUGCUGCUCUUGAGAUGCUGUACGGCAAUGUUGCGGUUUCUCGAGUUUGACCUGAGUCUAGUUCUGGAGAGGUGCGAUAUUCUUCUUGCGGUGCUUAGAAGGCUGCCUACGCCAAAUUCGCUAACUCGUCUCCAUGAAUGCGCACGCGUGCUUGAUGGGGCAGAUCCGGAAGCUAGGGUGCCACGGCCUGCCUUUUUUCCUGCAGUACUUGAGGUAUUCAUCGAUGAGUUUUUGGAGCAACACCAACUUAGAAAGCAUUUUAUAAUGACAGAUUAUGUUUCUGCUACGACAGAUAAGCUGCUUGCAUCUCAUGGCAUUGAUGGGGAUAUUUCUGCCAUUCAGGAGCUUGUUUCUGGUCAUUUUCUUCUGACAUAUUAUGAUGAGCGGACAUUUAGUAGAUUCAUUCAUUCACUUUCUUGGACAGAUAAGGUUGAUGAUGCAAUUCCAGAACUAGGCUUGGAUGCAGCCUUGACAUUACUAGGCAGCUGCACCAUGUUUUCUCUGCCACUUAUGCUCCAAGCACAUCUGAUCUUGUUGGCUUCUAGAUGCAUAGGUAUUCAAAGGCCAGCAGAUAACAAAUCAAAUGAUGAAGUGAUGAGUCGUUACAUCUUAGCAUUUGAAAUAUCGGUCAAGCUUUAUGUAGAUUGCCUGCCUAACUUAGAUUAUAUCGAUAAUUCUAUUGGAUGUGUGGGUCAGUCAGGUUCUUGUGCCAAGAAGUCUUUAGAUUCUUGUGUCCGAUCGGUCACCUGCAAUAUGCUUAAUUAUCAAAUUGACAAGAUGCUUGAUUUCUGCCGCUCACACUCUCAGGGCAUGCUCUCUGGAACCAAAGCGGACAUUGUAAGCAAUUCUGUUGCUUACAUCAGAUGGAACCAACAUGUUGUAGAUGAAAUGUGCAGGGAUGAGACUUAUUUACUUCUAAAUUUUAUAGCACUAGGCAUUCUUCCUGGGGAGAUUGAGAAAAGCACAUCAGAUAAUAGAGGGGAUAAAAUUCAGCAAGAGAUAUACUGUCUUGCUGCUGUACUAAAAUUAAUGAGUUCUGCACUUUUGCAAAUUGUAUGGAAUUUAAGGCAAAAUGGGUGUCCACGUGGUAUGAAAACAUCAAAAGAUUGCAAGGAAUAUGAUUUUAUUUUAAGCAUCAUCGGUUGUUUUGGGAAAUAUGGUGCAAAUCUACUCGUUCAAAAGAUAUUGCUUGAUGUGAUCGGAAUGCAUCCUGUACAGCAUAAGGAGCCAAUGUUGAUGUUGGCGCAUUUUGUGUGCUUGUCAUCAUAUAGUUUGGACAGAAGGCUUGGAUUUUUAUGGAAGGGCUGCAUUUUUAUGAUGAUGACAAUAAUGAAUCUUCUCCUUCUUGAAGAGGGUAGUUUAGAUGUAUUCAGGCCAUUACUUGGCAACAUAAAGGAUGCUGCAUUAAAUCAUAGCCCUCUAGAAAAAUCUCCAAAGAAAGCUACUUUACAGAGCUUGGUUCGUAGAAGGUCAAGUGCAAGAAUAGCAUUGAACUUACAAAACAUUCAGACACUCUAUUUGAGGGAUAAUUCCAGAUGCCUCACAUAUGAAAAACAAAGGAUUGAUGCCGGGGAAAGGAACUUAGGUGAGAUGCAAGAUGGCCGGUCAGGCAGUAUAAUUCCUGCUGAGGACGUAUGGUGGCAUUCUCCCUCAACAAAUGAAGCUGAUGCCUGCAAUGGUGAGGCUUUUAUUGAGUGCUUGCCAGACUAUCAUAAAAAUCCCUCGGAGUGGGAUGAUUUGGUUGACUUCAUUGAAUGCAAGCGUGGAAAAGAUUAUUCAAGUUGGAUGAGGAAGAGAAAAAGAUUCAGGAAGUGGCAACAUGAUAGGAAGUGGCAACAUGAUAGGAGGCAUAGGAAGAAAAAGUUCAUGAAAGAAGUGGAGGCGGGUGUUUUGAAAACAAGGUCCGGGAAGGCAAUGUAAUCAUAGUUUUUUAUGGACCAGUAACUUAUAGCCACUGGUGCGGGACCUGCGGGUGCCUUUGAAUUUUGACAGCAUUUCCUGAUAGGCUUAAGGUGAUGACAGCUUUAAUCGACAUGCACAUAGCCUAGUGGCAGUGCAGUAGAAAGCGCCCUUUUCUUCUUUGCCUUUUCUUUUUCUUGGCAGGCAUCGCGUUUCUAAUCUUAUCAUUUCGCGGGGUCUAGUUACCAUAUCAUGUUGGUUUUCAGAGGAAUACGGCACAGAGUGAUUUGUAUAGAAUGUAUCAUGAUAUGUGAGGAUGAUUUGCUCCAGGUUGUUAUUGGUAAAUGAUAGAUUCAUCUGUUCUGAAAUGAUGGAUUACACUGAUAAUGACAUGACGUUUGACCUUU